AUGGCAGAGAAGCUAGGCAUUGCUGGAGCCUUGCAGCGCCCUACUACUUCAAUCAUGUUUGGAGAUGCAACUUCUAAGUCUCCUCUUGGAGUGUUCAAGAACUAUCACUUGAAAAUUGGAGAAUGCAUCAUCCAAACUGAUCUCACUGUGAUGGAGAUGGAAGAAGAGAAGGAUCUACCUCUGUUAUUGGGAACCCCAUUCCUUAGUACAGUUGGCGCUUCAAUAGACUUUCACAAGCAAGAAGUGAUCCUUCACAAGUACCAUCUCAGUUCUAAGACUCAUGAAGCUACAAAGGUUGUGAAGGAAAGGGUUGACAAAGAACCAAGAGUUGGGAAGGAUAAGGUUGAGAGAGGACCAAGGAUUGAGAAGCCACGUCUUGAGAGGGCUAGAGUUGAGAAACCACGUUCUGAUAGACCACGAGCUGAUCGACUUGUUCAAGCCCCUUGUGUGCUUGAUGAAGAGAGCCUUCAAGCUUUGUUUGAUGAGCUACUAGGAAGGGCUCUAAAAGAAGGGGAGGAUACAGCCUACACUCUCCCACACCUUAAAAUUUCUGAAACUCAUCUCUCUCUCUCUUCACCACAAGAAAAAUCGAGUUUUCAAUUCCUCUCUCUUGAGUUUUUGCUAUUUCCAUUGUUCUUCAUCUUGUUUUGCUUGGGUUUUGGUUUAAUAAGUUAA